AUGAAUGGAUUAAAAAAAACAGAUAUAUUACAAGAGAAUAACAGUAAGAAUACAUUGUAUAGGCCCCACUAUGAUAGAGAAUUAAACUCCCUAGAUGAAAAUUAUAUAAAAUCGAAUCAAAGUUUUAAUAUAAUUCCAUUAACAAAAUACGUGAAUAGUGAUUUAUAUAUUUUACCGUUUGUUAAGGAAAAUAAAAAUGAUUUUUCAAAAAUGGACAAAACACAAUCACAUACAUAUUUAGAAACAUGUUUUUUAAGAGGAGUAAAACAGAAAAUGGAUGAAGAAAAAAACAUUAAACAACAGCACGAAGAAAAUGUCAUUACAUGUAUGAAAAAUGAACCUUUUAACAGAAUCCAUAUCACUAAUCAAAUUGGCACAAAUAUAGAUUUUUAUAAUGGAAACCAAUAUGCUAGUGAUAAUAUCACUUAUAAUAGUAAUACAAAUGAGUACAUGCUAAACUAUUUAAAUGCAUACAUAAGUAAGAACCUAAAACACAACACACUUCAAAAAAAUUGUGAAUCCAAUCUUGCAACUAGCGAAAAUGCAGAUAAUGUGAAAAUUUCUGCCCACCCAAGUGACACACUAAUAAAUAACAAUAAUAAUGAUAAUUAUAGGAACAACCAGUAUUCGAUGAAAAAUAAUUUUAAAGAUAGAGAUAAGGAAAUGAGUAUACAUAAUGAGCAACAAUCCACAGUUAAAUUGCACUAUAUACCAAUCCAAAAUGAAAAAAAAGUAAACAUGAACGUGAAUAAUACACAUACAAAUAAUUUUAUGCAAGCCAAUUUGCAAAACGGAGUUAUUGAUAGAGAUUUUUACAUGACAAACAGAAAUAAUAUUUUAAUUAAUGGUUCUAAUUAUCAAGGCCAAAGAUUGAAAAGUGUGCAAUUUUGUGGCAAAGCAAGGGUGCUAGAAGCAGAUUCAGUGGGAGCGCCCCAAGUUGACACAGAUCCUAUGGAUGCCAUCGGAGUUGACGAAGCCGAAGCUGAUGCAGAUGCAGUUGGAAGCAUAUUUGUUAAUAAAUUCCCACAUGUGGGAACAUUAGAAAGUGUAAGCGGUUUGAAGAACCGAAAUAAUGUGCAAAGUGUUAAAAAGGACCUGGUAGAUGCGGACAUUUUUGAAAACGGAGAUAUUUGUGGGGAGAAAAUGAAUUGCCAUUUUUUGCCAAUUUGGAAUGACAGUAAAAAUGUAAGUAAAACUGCCAUUCAGAGUGGCAUAUAUUCAAAUCAGAACGCGUUAUCACACCAAGUCCAUUUCAGAAGAAAUAUACAAAAAACCGAUCCAUCUAAUGAACCCGAUUUUAUUAAAGCUGGAGAAGAAUGUAGUGAAACUCAGGAAGAAAGAGAAAGAAAAAAUGUAAAUGAAAAUAUAUAUCCAAUCAAGGUGAUUCAUGAUUGUGACAAACAAAUGGAUUAUUCAAACAGUAGGAGUAGUAAAAACAAUUCUAGAAAUGAUGGUACGUCUAAUUUUAAUGACAACACUAUUCCCAACAUUAGUGAAAAAACGAAUUGUAGUAACAAAAAUUCAAAUGAUAUAUCGUCUAUAGCCCAUUCAAAUGAAUGGACAAGAAGACAGGAAAAAGAAAACUAUCGAAGUUUUCUAAAUGUUAUAAAUAAAAGAAUGGAAAUUUUUUCAAGAGAUAAAAGUGCUAUUAAUAUUGAAAAUUUAUAUAUACCAAAAUUCCAACGGAAAAAUUCUCAACCUAGUUGUGAUAAUAUACCCAUUGAUGGAAAUAAAAAUAGUAAGACUCUCCAUUUUGAUAUCCCUGGGAUUAUUUUGAGAGACGAAAAAUUGAGUUCGCAUGGGUGUGAAGGAAUAUUUGCCAACUCGUCAGACGCAUCUAAUAUAGAUGUCAGUACUAAUGUUGGCACGUCUGUUCACAACGAAGAAAGUGAAAAUCACAAGAACACAAACGUGAAAAGUGAGUCCCCGGAGCUGCGCCACACGCGGGAGCAACAAAAAAACCAAUCGAUGCAGCAAACCCAUUCGAUGCAGCAAACCCAUUCGAUGCAGCAAAACCAUUCGAUGCAGCAAAACCAUUCGAUGCAACGUUUGAAUAAUAAUUCGAUACAUGAACGUGCCCCUCAAUCAAGUGAUUCCAAUUCGAGACGUGCUUCAUUCCUCACGAAAGGAACCCUUCGAAAUGGCCUAGGGAGUAACAUUGGAAUGAGUAACAGUACAGAAGAGAAUGUCAUGAGAGACAUAGAAAUGCUGGGAAGCCGAGGCAGCAGUUGCUCAGAUUAUAAUAUCCCAUGGAACAAUGACAUAUGCAAUAAUAAUGUAAGUAAUUAUUGUGAAGAUCAUAUUAAUGAAGUGAAAAAAUUAAACAAUAUGAAUUAUACAAAUAAUGUGGAUAUAUUAAAUUAUGAUCUUGAUUUUGUAGAAGAGGGACGACAAGUUGAGCACAGAAUAAAAAAAAAUCUCAAUGACUUUGAUUUUAUACAUAAAAAGAAGAACACAAUGGAUAAUGGUGAUGUAGAUUCUGUUGAUGAUACCAUAGCCAAUGCUACCGAAGUGCAAUGUGCUAGUUAUGCAUACAAAAAAGGGACCCAUACUUGUGCUGGUGAAGAACAGGAGGAAAAUGGUACCCAUCGAAAUAGUCCACUUGUGAAUGAUAAUAAUUGUGAUGUUAGAAGGAGUAACCAUCACAAUGAUAGUUAUAAUCCAGAUAUCAUUAGUGACGAUCAUCCAUUUCUUGGAGAUUCAAUUUAUAAGGGAUCACACCAGAAUGAACCCUUGUACAAUGUUAAAUGUAGUAAAGAUGAUGUAUUGAAUUUAAAUCAUAUAAAAACAUACAUUGAACAUAGCGAUUCCUGUGGUAAUGAGGAUUUGAAUAAUAAUGCAACAUUGAAUGGUAACUAUAUCUUCGCGUCAAAUGUAAAAGAACAUGUUGAUUUAUUAGUUGAUGAAAAUGAUGGUGUUCAAGAAAAUCACUCUAUCCAUUUAGAUCACGUGGAUUGUGAAUUUUCAAAAAGUAACAACAGUUGUGUUUUAAGAAAUGAUAUGUGUAAAAAUGAAAAGAUUUUCUUCUCCACCGUAGAUGCAAAUGAAAUUAAUGAUUGGGUCAAUUCUACUGAAAAUGGAGCGAAUCAUGAUAAUAACGUGAUAUGCACAGAUGUAAAUUACUACCAUGAUGUUACCCCUGCGAACGCGAGUGACAAUACAUGCAGGAUUCGACAUGGAAGUGUUAGUAGUAGUAGAAGUGUUAGAAGUGCUGGAAGUGAUAGAAGUGAUAGAAGUGAUAGAAGUGCUAUAAAUGUUAGAAGUGCUAGAAGUGAUAGAAGUGAUAGAAGUGCUAUAAAUGUUAGAAGUGCUAGAAGUGUUAGAAGUGCUAGAAGUAGCAGCGACAGAAGCUGCACGGAAGGUGGUGCAGAGAAGAAGAGAAUAUUUAACAACAACUGUCACCCAUGGGGGUUGAAAAAUGGAGGUUUAAAAGAAAAUAUGAAUAAUGAAAAUGACACGGACGAUAAGGAUGAGGAUGGUGAUAGGUCGACCUGCACAGCAGUAAGAAGUAACAGUAACCACGAGAGUUAUAACAAUUGUGUUAUAAAUUUGAAGAGUGAAAAGAAUAAAAGUGAGUCACACACAAAAAGGAAUCGUUUCUCAAAUGAAGAUGGAAGAACAGGAUCGGUAACACGACGAGCAUCAGGCGGAUGGACAUUUGUGUCCCCAAAGGAAGAAAAAACACUUUUUGCAAAACACAAAAUUGAAAAGAUUUCAUCUUUUGAUGGUGAUCAUGAUGUAAUUAGAUUUAGUGACGAUUCUGUCGAAUCUAAUUCGAAAGAGCGUGAAUUGAGUCGCAUGAACCAGAUGGGUAACAUGAGUAUGUUAGACGCAGCGGCAGACAAAAAAACAGCUGGCCUCGAUUCGGAUCUUCAAAUUGAGGAUGAGAAAACGUAUCCAGACCAUUUUAAUGUAAAGAACGAAAUGAAAAGAAAAGACAAGAGCUCGUUUGAUAGCGAUUCUAGCUAUAUACUAAAGCAGAACCAGAUGCAGUACCAGGAGAACGAUGAAGGUGUAAAGCUAGGCCAGAUGGGAAUGGGAUAUAACUGUGUCGAUAGAAAUUUAUAUAAAAGUGGAAUUGUAGUAAACACAAACAAUGUUGUUAGCCAUGGAAGUAGUAUGGUAAGCAAUGAAGAACUUGUUCAUAUGGAAGGGAAAUAUUCGCAAGGGAACUACUUUAACGGUUGUACGAACAUUUCCAUUUCAUCGAAUCAUAAUAUUGCCAAUUCGAAAAAAAUGUUCAACUAUUUUAAUCCAAGCAAUGGAAACUUAAGAAGUGUUCAUAAUCAUGUCACCAAAAGCAAUCACAUUAUUGAGAAUAUGAAUAACAUAAACCACGUAAAUCGGGUAAACCACCUAAGUCAUGCAAACCAUGUAAAUCAUAUGAAUGAUGAACAAAAGAAGAAGGAAAGCCUCGGAAAUGUUAACCAAUUGAAUAGUUGUAUAAGUGGCAGGAAUGGUGUUGUUACGGAUGAUGAUGGGAAUAGUUGCAAAAUUUUGCACGACAAUCAGAGUUACACUCUUAUGAACCAGAUGCAUACAAACAAUGACAUCUUGCAUGAUAAAGAUUCAGGAAAGGAACAAAUCGAACCAUUCCAUAAUCAUCAUAUUAAUGAAGGAAAUGAAAAUUACGACUCGAUCGUCCCGUUUAGUAGAAGCUCAUUAUAUAACAAAAACAUAAAUGGAAGAAAAAAUAUGCUUUCAGAUUUUUUUGAAAUGUCCAAUAAUGAUAAUGAAAUGAACCAAAGCAAAAGAAGAGAAGGAGGAGGAAUUAUAAUAAAUUCGAGCAGCGAACAGGAAAAGGAAAAGGACAAUUUUGAUUUUUCCAUAAACUCAAAUUAUAAACAGAGUGAAAUGGUGAAUUAUAGAGAGAUCAACAAAACAAAUGAACGCUGUAUCAAAAUUAACAGUAAUUCUAGCUGUUUGGAAAAUGUAAAUACUAUAGACAUAUUUGGUAAUAUGAACCAAUCAAAAGAAUUGAAGAUCUUUGGUACUAUAGAUAUUCUAAGCCGUUCCAACAUGAACUCCACCCUCAGUGAAGAUUCCACAAAUAUUGGUCUGGGAAGUGGUGACAAUCGUCUUUGUAAUGAUACACGUCUGAAUAUGAAACAUUUGAAUAACAAAGAAGACAAUAAGAAUGUUCCAAGUAUUAGUAAUCACAUGAAUGAAAACAAUCAAGAUAAGGCACAACAAAAAAUUAGCUCCAUUAUUACACAAAAUGCAUCCAAGAAUUUAAGCACCAUGGAAAAUCAUGUUACCCCAAAAAAUUUCAUACCUUUGCAGAGCGGCAUAAAUAGCAAUAUGAUACAUUCGGUUGUUUAUAACCCGAGUAAGUUGCUCAUUAGCAAGAACAUAUAUGGUAAUAAGUGUAUGAACAGUCAGAUGAAAAAUAUGAACAAUAUGAACAAUAUGAACAAUGCGAACAAUGCGAACAAUACGAACAAUACGAACAAUACGAACAAUAUGAACAAUAUGAACAGUCAGAUGAAAAAUAUGAACAAUGUGAACAAUAUUACAGUGAAUAACAGUAUCACCAUGACUAACGCUGAUGCUGUCACGACACCCACUACAACAACAACUACUAGAAUAACUGCUAAUAUGAAUAAUAAUAACAGUGGCAGAGGUAGCAGUAGCGGUAGUGGUGCAGGUAGCGGUGCAGGUAGUGGUGGCGGUAGCAUGAAUAACCAGAUGGGAGGUUUUGGACCCAGUGCUCACGUACCGAAUGCAAGCAACACCAAUUUCUUGCAAGUCAACUGCGAGAACAGGAAUUACUUAACUUGUGCAAGUAACAAUGGCAUUUUUAUACCCUAUAGAAAGUUGAAUAGUGAUAAUAAUGAUCGUAUAGAAAGUAACACCAAUCUGAAAAUGGAAUCAUCUGUUGUGACAGCUUGUCGUGAUAUGAAGAACCCAUCGAAUAUUGCAUAUGAGGAAUGCUCCACAAUUACAACUACUAUUGAUAGAAGAGCAUCUAUAAACACAAUUUCUCUGAGUGAAAACAAUUCAAAUGCUCUUUCUAACAAAAAAGAUUUCCUGCACAAAUUGGACAACAAAAAUGUGAAGCUUAAUAAAUUUGUAAACAUCUCGCACGCUGAUAAAACUGAAAGGAAAAGUUCACAUUCUGGUGGUGCAGAGGCGGGUAGAAGCUUCAAAAUGAGGGGUGACAUCUGCCAUGUGAGCGGCCUUGCCAAUGUUAGCAGUGUUGACAAUGUUGGAAAUGUUAGCAGUGUUGACAAUGUUGGAAAUGUUAGCAAUGUUGGAAAUGUUAGCAAUGUUGGAAAUGUUAGCAAUGUUGGAAAUGUUAGCAGUGUUGGCAAUGAUGGUGGUGUUGACAAUGUUGGCAAUGAUGUCGGUGUUAGCGGUGCUAGCUGUGGUAUUAGCAAGGCGAUUAUGGAUUCAAGGCAGAAGAACCCAUUUUUUACAGAUGUACAAGUCGGUAAUUGGAAAAAGAGACUAAUGAACCCCAGUUUGACAACAAUUGGCGACGAGGGAUCAUUGGCCAUGUCGAUGACAUCAAUUCCAUCAGCCUCGUCCAUUGUAUCAGCCUCGUCCAUUGUAUCAGCUCCGUCCAUUGUAUCAGCUCCGUCCAUUGUAUCAAUUCCGCAGAUUGCAUCCAUUGCAUCUGUCGGAGAGGAAAAUUCAUGUGGAGAGGCAGUACACGUCGCGAGCACGAAUGGAAGAAUAAGAACACCUCAGAAUAUGAAAAAUUAUAAAAUUAACAAUUUUAUGAUUAACGACAACUUGAGCAAUAUUCUCUUCAGCAAGAAUUUUAACAACUUUUUCAAUAACGCCAAAGCGAACAUGCAUGCAAAUGAUUCAAGUGGAAGCGGAAGUACAUCGAAUGUGAACAACCACCUCUCCAGCGUUAGCUCCUUGUACUUGAAGAAAAACGAGUUGGUGUAUAAGAAUAUGAUUAAGGGAGACAUUUUGGAAGAAAAAAAAAAUAUUAUGUACAAAGAGGUUAACACGUGCAGUAAGGAAAAUUUAAAUGGUGUUCCAGAUGGUGUGCCAGAUGGUAUGUCAAAUGGUGUGUCAAAAAUUGGAUUCAUCGGGAUGCAGAGUAAGAGUGUGAAAAAUUUCGAAGAUGAAGCAUCGUGUCACAUUUUCCACUCGAAAAUGCGAGACACAAGAGAAAAUAAACCAAUAAAAUGGCAUAUAAAUCGUGCAGUUAUAAGAGAUAAAAACAGAAAUAUAAAUAAUAACAACUUUAACUAUAAAGAAUUUUAUGGAAAUCAUGUGACAGUAGGAGAUGAUAAUUUUGAAAAAGGGGUAAAUCAGAACUGCAGUUAUAACCAGCAUGAUCGAAGAGUACAUAAUGAAUUGAGAAUGUGUAAUGAAAAAAACAAGUUUGUUUCAUUCCAUCAGAAAAUAAAUAACAGUAAUAACAUGAGUAAGAAGAACGACAUAAAUGACAAUGGUAGUAGGAGUACGAGCACUGGUAACAUUGCAAAGGAUGCAUUAUUUUACAACAGUUUUAGCAAUCAAGUCGAUAAUCAAAAAAUUUCUGAUUUUUCACAGUUCGGACAGAAUUGUACGGUUCAAAAUGUAAACACGACAGUUAAUAACAGUAUAUUAAAUACAAAUGUUGCAACAAGGGAUAAUAACAAUAUGUUUCAAAGCGGUUUUGAUGGUAGAACAGGAGAAGAAGCCGCAGGAGAAGCAGAAGCAGAAACAGAAACCGAAACAGCAGAAGGAGCAGGUCACGGUGGAAGGUCCUUAAUAACUCCAGGUUCUCGCAUACUCAGGAACAGCCACCUCAUACAGAAUCACAAAAGAGAUAGGAAUAGUGCAGAUCAGAGGGAUGAAGACCUAGAUUAUCACUACCAGCAGAGGAAUCAGAUCCCAUUGUCCGCUUCACCAGCUGUAGGAAUUGUGCAAAGUGUAGAUGCAGAAAAAUUGCCCAUACAAGAGGACAACAGUAGGUUUCAGGAGCGGAAGUAUCACAUUCAGAGUGGGGUAUUAGAAAAGAGAAUCAGUGGCCGGGGACAGGAAAAUAUGGUUAGCACCACCACCAAUAGUGGCAGCAGCAGCAGCAGCAACUACAAUGGCUGUGAAAUAAAUUAUAACGGAAGUAUUAACUGUUACAAGAACUCUAGAAAUAUUAAGACGAGUCAGAAAAUACCAUAUCAAUUGCACACGCAAACGAAUCUAAACAAUGCAUAUAUUAACAACAUGAUUAUGUCCAUGAUACAGAACCCGAUGAAUUGCCUCAAUCCAGACACUGCUGCAUCUAGUAAUGUCAGAAAGGGAGUUGCAACACAAUUGUCCACAGGAAAUAUGAUCCCACGUGCUAGGAGCAAUCAUAAGGACAGCAAUACCCCAAAGGACUUACUGCAGAGAGGGAAGAAUUUCGAAGAGUUGAUAUGCAGUAAGAGGAAUUUCGCAGGUAAUCACUAUGACAACUGUGUCAUUAACAGGGAGGUUGCGAAUGUGAAUGCAUUGGCAAGUGCCAAUGCCAAUGCUGUGGCAAGUGCAAGCGUUAAAAUGGCGAAUCCUGUUGGGGGAGCGGGAAAUGCCGUGCAUUAUGGCAUACAUAAGAGCACAUAUGAGGGUUUGCAAACCCCCAUCCUUACAGGUGAUCAUUCCCUAUGUAACAUGACACUAUGCAAUGCAUUGCAUACAAAUAGAGACACUAAAUUAAAUGAGGAUUUGCAAAGAGGUGGAGAAAGAAAUAGCUCAAAAGUGGUAGAAAAUGAUAUGAACAUGAGUAAUAUUUUAAAUCGAAAAAUUGCAACAUAUAAUUCAUUUGAAAAUAAUUCCUAUAACAAUAGCAUGAUUUUUCAGACAAGAAAUGGUUUCACAGAGAAUACAAACAACUCACAAUUGCGAAAUAUGCAAAAUUUGAAUCACAGAAUGGUGAUGAUGACGAAUAAAAACGAUCUUCCAUGUAACAACAACAUUAUAAAUAAUCAUGUGGUGGAGAAGAAAUCCACUCCAAAUAAGGCCAUGCUGAACAAUAAUUUUAAAAUGGAAACGAACAAAAACUGCACAAAAUUUAGAACUUUGCAUCAGGAAAAUGGUUAUUAUGUGAACAACUCCGGGAUACACAAUGGUGGCAUGGGCAGCAUUGGCAGUAUUGGUUGCAUUGGGGGAGGGCAAAAGGGAGGACCCACAACAGGAGCAGUUGUUAUUCAUAAUUUGAGCAACAUGAACAGCUUGAACAGCAUGAACAGCAGUUUGAGAGAGCACCCACAUCACUACUAUGACCAGAACCAACAUCACCAACAAAUGCAACCACGUCGACCACAGCAACUGCAGCAGCCGCAACACUUACUGCAACCACAACAAUUACUGCAACCACAACAAUUACUGCAACCACAACAAUUACUACAACCACAACAAUUACUACAACCAGUGCAACAACUUGACCGGGAAUGUAUCAAAUACCUGUCGAGUAGCUACAAUUUGGCGAUAAAAAAGAAGGAAUAUGAAAACAUUUUCAGAUUGUCAAAAAAUCAACUCGUGAGUCUAGAGAAUGACAUAAAGUAUCUGAAGUCAUUGUCAUCGCACACUAUAAAACUGAAGGAUUUAUAUUUCGAGACGUAUGAAGAAAGAGAUGUUUUUAUUCAUGAUAUUGGAAGAAUUAGAAAUGGUAACCCAGCUAAUAGAGAAGAACCAUACUAUUCUAUGGAAGAAAGUGUUGUAUCUACAGACCUGUAUCCUAUAAACGGUGGUACUGUUGUGGCUCAUGGUGGGGAUCACGUGAAUGGCAUUAUGAGUCAUGCAGAGAAGAAGAAGAUGGGGGCCAGAGUGAUAUGCAAUGACAAUGGAAGAGGAGAAGACGAGGUUGUGUUGUGUGGUAGUGCUGCUACUGUUGCUACUGCUGCUGCUGCUGCUGCUGCUUCUGGUUCUGCUUCUUCUGCUGCUGCUUCUACUGCGGGGACUAAAUUAAAGCUAGAAAGGAAGCGAACGAAAUUGUAUAUAAACAAAUUCAGCAACAAGUUAAAAUACACAGUGAUAGAGGAAGGGUCAUUUGGUGUUGUAUACAAAGGAUGGUACAAAGGAAUGUAUGUGGCUGUAAAAGUACCAGUUGAUAAAAUGUCAAGACAGGAUCCAUAUGGUUUAACGAAAAGAUCUAUAAAUGAAUGGAAAAUUUUGUCGAAAUGUGAUCAUCCAAAUAUAAUAAAAUUAUGUGGUGGUAUUGUACAUAGCUAUUUUGAUAUAUGGCUAGUUACGAAAUUAGUUAAUGGAUUGGAUUUACAUACGAUAAAGAAUAAUAUGAAAAAGGAUGAAAAAGUUAUGAGUAUAGACAUUUCUUUAAAAAUGUGCAGACAGUUAGCGAAUGUUAUAAACUUCUUACAUACACCAAUAAAAAAUAAAAAAAAUGUAAUCAUCCAUAGAGAUAUAAAACCUGAAAAUUUAAUAAUUGAUAAUGAUUGGAAUAUACAUCUAUGUGAUUUUGGAGAUUCAGAAGAAUGUGAAGAUGGUAUUGUAACAAAUGUCUCAGGUGCUACAUGGAUAUAUGCACCACCCGAGUUGUUAACUUGUCAUCCCUUAAAACAAAGUAGUGAUUAUAAUUUCUUGGAUCAUACAAAAUUAUCAUACAAGUGGGAUAUUUGGUCUAUGGGUUGUGUCUUUCAAGAAAUGAUGAAUUUGCCAUCCCCCUUUCAACAUUAUAUUAUCACAUUUGAUGAAUCAGAUCAAAUUUAUGAAAAGCUAGUUGAUGUUUUUACCAAAAAGUUACCUCCAUGUAUUCAUUCCAAAAUUGAAAAUUCUCCUUUCGCUGAUAUUAUACGACUCUGUCUGAAUUAUGAUCCUAAUUUGCGUCCCACGGCAUCUGAGAUUGUGCAGCUCCUGAACCAACCGGAUGAGUACCUUCUGCUGAAAAGGACCCACUGA